AGAUGCAGUCUCAGAUCUAGCACUUCACUUCCUGGCUAAAAUGAAGAUUUUAGUAGUGAAAGAUGUAGAAAGAGAAGAUGUAGAGUUUGUUUGCAAGACUCUUGGAUGUCGGCCAAUUGCAAGUUUGGACCACUUUGUGCCUGAGAGUUUGGGCACUGCAGAACUUGUUGAAGAAGUCCAGACAGGCACAAGCAAGGUUGUCAAGGUAACUGGCAUUGCCAACCAAGGUCGGACAGUGACUGUGCUGAUGCGAGGCUCCAACAAGUUGGUUUUGGAUGAGGCAGACAGAUCCUUGCAUGAUGCUCUGUGUGUCAUCAGGUGCUUGGUUAAAAAAAGGGCUCUCAUAGCUGGUGGUGGAGCUCCAGAGAUUGAACUUUCACUUCGUCUCAUGGAAUAUGCCAAUACCCUCACUGGCGUUGAGCAGUAUUGUUGCCGAAGUUUUGCAGAGGCCUUGGAGAUCAUCCCUUUCACCCUUGCAGAAAAUGCAGGUUUGAACCCAAUUGCUACUGUGACAGAGUUGAGAACAAGACAUGCCCAAGGCGAAAGAACAGCGGGCAUCAAUGUUAGAAAGGGUGCCAUCACAAACAUCCUGGAAGAAAGUGUUGUUCAGCCUGUCCUGGUCACUAUCAGUGCCAUCAACCUGGCAGCAGAGACAGUGCGGUGUAUUCUGAAAAUAGAUGAUAUCAUUAACUGUGUUCGCAACUGA